AUGGCAAAUCCUCUACAGUCGGGCGCUCUACGUAGUGCCACAGUUACAAAUCCUAAAGAGCAUACUAAUGUAAGUGCUAUAAGCACUAGAAGUGGUAAAGCCAAAGAAGUUGUGGAGGAAAAUGAUGAAGAAGAAGAGCCGUUGCUUGAAGUUAAUGUGGAAAUAAAGGAAAAUGAGGUAGAAGCUGAGGAUGUGGUUAUAUCAGAACCGGUGACGAAAGGGAAGAUUAUUGAGCCAAAACCAGCCGUUAAACUUCCUUUUCCCACUAGAAAUAAAAAGAAGGGGCAGCAUGAGAAGAAUUUUGAAAAAUUCUUGGAGAUGUUCAAGAAACUUGAAUUAAAUAUUCCAUUCCUGGAGGCGUUGGAGCAAAUGCCUACAUAUGCCAAGUUCAUGAAGGAUAUUAUAUCCAAGAAAAGGACCAUCAAUCUUGAUCCAAUUAUUCUAACCGAAACUUGUAGUGCUAUUUUGCAGGGUAUGAAGAUUCCGCUGAAAAACAAGGAUCGAGGUUCUGUGACUAUUUCUUGUACCAUUGGGGAUAGAUCUUUCAAGAAAGCCCUUAUUGAUUUGGGAGCAAGUGUGAGUCUUAUGCCGCUGUCCAUUUACAAGAGAUUAGGGAUAGGUAAAGUGCAAGAUACAAGAAUGACACUCCAAUUUGCUGACCAUUUUGUGAAGAGACCAUACGGGAUAGUAGAAGAUGUGCUUGUCAAAAUUGACAAAUUUGUGUUCCCGGUGGACUUUGUUAUUUUAGAGAUGCCGGAAGAUGAAGAGAUUCCAAUCAUUUUGGGGAAACCAUUUUUAGAGACUGGGAGAUGUUUGAUAGACAUAGAAGAAGGCACAAUGACUCUGAAGGUUUAUGAUGAAGAAGUGUUGAGUUUACCAAUUUUUGAUGAAGAGGAUGCGGUUGAUGAAAAAGAGGUGGAAGUGGUAGCCAUGAUGGAAGCAACACAAACCUUUAAAAUUUCUCGACCAAACCGAUGGGAAGAUCUUAGGCAACCAUUGGUGGAGGAAAAGAAAGAUGAACCAAAGAAAAGGGCUGAAUUGAAACAACUAUUAGAACAAGAUUUAUUCUGA